CUGACUCACUGGUUUCCUGUCUUUUCCAGUUGUUUGGUUAAUGGCGGACGAGCAAACCAACGGCUAGCUGAAUCUCCAGUAUAAACCGGGAAAACACAAGUUGAGAGGCGGGUAGCUAGUUGAACUGCCUCUUGGGAAGACUUCUACGUACCCAGUCAACAAGGAAAAUACUUACUGCUACAGGACGUUAGCCCGCAUUAGAGGACAAGCACGAUAGAGAAGUUGGCUAGUAGCUGCAAGAUCCAUAGGAUUAUGAGCGUUCAAACGUUAUAGGAUCAAGCGGCCUGAAUACUUUGUGGUUUUGGAUAACUCGUCAAUCAAGUUGAAAAACAAGGUGAAAACAGAAUUGAGGACGGUAUCACAAUAUAGCGUUUGGGAACUGUUGUCUGCAGACAUGCCACUGUAUCUUUUGAGAAGGUGACAUCGGAAAGAAGCUGCUAUCCGAGAACUGCCGCCGGACGUCACUAAGCCGGCCCGCUGCUGCGAUGUGGAGCCGCAGACGGAGCGAGCCGCCCCCGGGCGGCGCUGCCCAGCCCGCUGGAUUAGAGCUGACGGCUGCAUUUAAGAGUUUGAACCAGACCAAAGCCGCUUUACGGCACAUCGAGAACCGCCUGGAGGCCGCUCCUGGCACCGGGGUGUUGUUGGACUCUGUCAUGGAUACCAAGAAGACCUCGAGUGGGGCGACCAGGAAAGUCAGCCGCAGAGAGGGGAGGCGUUCGGAGCAGCCCUCGCUCGCCGGCUCGGCCUCUAAGCCCCGGGCGCGGAGCCGCCGCAGCCCCGAGAAGAGCUCGCGCAGCCCCCUCCGGAACACCACGCAGGACAGCAACGUCCGGAGGGCCAACUGCGUGGAGUUCAGGGAGCCGCUGGCCUCGUACAGGGAAGCGACCCCUCCCCUCACCCCCUCCCAGCUGGAGGCGCACAGCCUGCAGGCGGAGACGCCGCCGUCGCUGGCGCAGGACGCGCGUCUGAGCCGGCUGGUGUACCAGAGCGACACCCGCGACCGGCAGAGCCGCGAGGCCCACAGCCCCGCCUCGUCCGCGGCGCCGGACAGCACGGUGGUGCGCUACCUCAACGACCGGCCCGCCCUGGACGCGCUGCAGGGGGCCGGCGGGGGCGGGGCCCCGGGCCCCGAGGGGGCGGUGGCGGACACGUCCCAGUCCUCCAGCCCCGGCUCGGCCUCCCAGCGGCUGGAGAACCUGCGGCGGCGGCAGCCCGACGACAAGCUGGAGAAGCUGAAGGAGAGGAUCCGCCGGCAGCGCGAGCACCUGGAGGAGGCCGCCGAGAGGGAGAGGCUGCUGGGAUACCUCCGGCAGCCCGUGGGCCUGGGGGGGCCCGCCGACGCGCCCGCGCCCGCCGCCAAUGUGCGCAAGGUGGCCCCCGCCCCACCCGCGCCCAUCUAUAGAGGCUUCAACCCCACCGAGACGAAGGUCCGCACGCCGGACGGCAAAGUGUGGCGGGAAGCGGAGUUCCAGGGUCUGAGUCGAAAGUACAUGGACCUGUCUCUGCAGCUGACUGCGGCGGAAAAUGCUAAAGCGAAGCAGAGACCUGUGGAGAAAGCGAAGGAGAAGAAGCCGUCCAAGCCUGUGAGAAAAGUGCUCAAGUGCCCCGACGCCAAGCCAGUUGCUCCGGUGAUCACUACGUCAUCCUGGAGGGAGGGGCUGAAGCCGGGGAGGGCGGGCCCGGGCCCAGCCCCUCGGGCCCCCCGGGAGCCGAGGGCAGAGGCCACAGACAGAGCCGCUAGGCCAGCUCCUCGAGCGCACUCUGACCCCCGGCCGGGGUCGGGCCCCCGGUCGAGAGCGAGCAGCGCGGAGAGGCCCCGGAGCCACGCCCAGUCCGAGGAGCAGGCCAGGGCCGCGCAGCCCGCGCCGGUAUCCACGGCGACCGGGGAAGGGGAAGGGGAGGGGGAGGGGCUGGCCCUCAACACAGACCUGCUGUCGGCCGACAUCCGGGGCAUGCUGGACGACCUGAAGCUGGAGGGCGGGGGCGAGGGCCAGGGGCCCGAGGGGGCCCCGCAGCGGGACGCCAAGGCCAGGAGGAGGACCCGGCCCGCCGCGGGGGGCGCCCCGUCCCGCCUGUCCCGCAGCGCCAGCCCCGCCAAGCCCAAGCAGGAGGCCCCGGAGGCCCCGCCCAAGAGGCGGCACUACGACGCCGAGUCCGUGCGCCAGUACAUCGCCCGGCAACAGGAGGAGCGCAAGAGGAAGCAGCAGGAGGAGCGCCGCACCCAGAGGGAGGAGGCGGAGCGCAAGAACCGCCGCCUGCAGGAGCUCUACAGGAAGCAGCGUGAAGGCGUGGCCAGGCUGCCGGCGGCCAAUGAGGGCCCGGCGCAGAGGCGUCUCCAGGAGACCUACACCAAGCUGCUGCUGGAGCAGGCGAGGCUAGGGGAGGAGCUUCCACUGGGCCCGCCCUCUGCGGAGAGCCUGCAGCCCAAGCCCCUGUACCAGCCUUCCGGAGAGUCCGACAAGGAGAACAAGAGGCUGGACCGGCCCCAGAGCGCCUCCUCCAGCAGCGACCUGUCUCUGUCCGAGCCCCAGGCGCCCCUGCUCACCAGGAACGAGCUGGGUCCAGGGAGGCCGGCCUGGAUGCAGCCGGACCGCCUGAGCCCCGCAGCGAGAGCGGCCGGAUCUCUGGCGCCACCUGGUGGCCACCUCUUCACCCACCUCCUGGGCAUGGAGUCCGGGGUCUCCGGGCUGAAGUGGGAGGGCCUGGGCCCCGGGGGGCCGGGGCCGGCGGGAGGGCCGAGCAGGAUGAGCCGCAUCGAGGCGCUGAAAGCCACCGCGGCGUCCCUGUCCACCCGCAUCGAGAACGAGGCGCGCAAGCUGGCCAGCGCCGGGGUCAACUACGACUGCGACGCGGCGACCGCACCGCCCGCCCCGCCCGCCAGCGACCCCCGCUGGGCCAAACCGGCCAGCCCCCCCACCCAGGAGCCCGCGGAGCCCGACGACCUGUCCCUGAGGAUCCAGAGGCUGCUGAGCGGGGGGCAGACGGCCUACGACGGGGUCCUGCCCGGCGUGGGGAACCUGCACGGCUUCAGGGCCCUGAGGGGCUGCCCGCCGGCCCCCUCCGCGUCUCCCCCCCGCGCCUCCCGCAGCCCGCCGGAGGAGCAGGGGGCCCGGGGGGCGGGGAGGAGGGCCAGCCCCCGCCUCUCCAGCGGGGACUCCAUCAGCGAGGGGCCCCUGCUGAGCGAGGGCAGCCUGUCGGAGGGGGAUGGGAGCCCCCCGGGCCCCGCCCGGGGCGUCCCCAAACCCGCCGCGCUCCUCAGGGCCCAGGAGUUCUGCGCGGAGGACCGCCACCCGCUCCGCCACGUCUCCCGCUUCCAGAAGGAGGCGGAGCUGUACCCGGCCUUCGGCUGCGUCUCCCAGGCGCUGGAGAGUGGGCGGAGCCCGUGGGAGGAGCUGGCCAAGGGGAGCCCUCACAGCGUCAUUAACAUCUUCACCAAGAACCUGAGCGGCUACAGCAAAGUACUGGAGGAGAAAGCCGGGGGGAGCUCUCCCGCCCUGGGCUCCGCCCUGUCCGCCAGCCCUGCGGAAGCGGCGUCGGCGGCGGCCGUCUCCAUGGACACGGGGGCGUACGAGGACGACUUCAUGGCCUCCAGCAGCAACGCUGGCAGCAGACACUCUGGCAGCAGAGGACACGCUCGACUCAGCCAUGUGAACAGUCCUCUGGAUGAGCCGGUGAGCAGGAGGUCUCCCUACGACAUCCGGACCGCGGACCUGGCCUCCCACCCUUCCUCUGGCUCCACACCUGCAUCCUCGCCCCGCUCGUUAGACUCCGUGAGGAAGAGAGCCAGCGAAAUGUCAGAGGAGAGCCUGGAGCUCACGCUGGUGGAGAGGCAGAAGAGCCCCUCCUCACAGGCCUCCGACCCCCCCAGGGACUCCCAGAGGGACGCCUCCGUGAAGGGACAGGGGCGGGACGCCGACAGCCCCCUCCGGGCGGCCUCCAGACACUCCCCUCUCAGUUUGGGUUCGGAUGGCAGGAAGUCCCCGGGGAGCCCGGCUCGCUCUCCCUCCGGGUCUCCAGCCGGCUCCGGGUCCCACAGGGCCUCCCCAGGCGACGCCUCCCCAGCGGGGGCGGAGCUCCUGAGGACUGGCUCCGCCCUCCCCAGCUCCUCCUCUUCCUCGUCCUCUGCCAGAGCCAGGCUCGUCACCGGCCCCAGUGCCUUCACCAGGCCCGGUGCUACCGGGAGCUCGGAGCCCAAACCUGCAGGUGAUCUGCACUACGCCCCCAGUGCUCUGCAGCAGCGCAUGGCUGCUGAGCUCAGCUAUCUGGAUGCCAUGGAGGAGUCUGUGCGGCAGCUGGCUGAUGUGGAGCGGCUGAGGGGCGUGUCCCUGGCGCAGCAGGAGAGCGUGUCGCUCGCACAGAUACUCAAGUCCCAGCAGCAGAGGCACGAGCGCGACCUCUUCCUGCUCAAGCAGAAGGCCGAGCAGGAGGCCCUGGAGACCAGGCGGCAGCUGGAGGAGACCCGCCAGAGAGCCGCACAGGCCCACGUGGAGCUGCAGGAGAAAAUGGCGCACUCCCAGCAGGAGUCCCGGGGGGGCGUGCAGGACGCCACCAGCAGGAUGAUCAGCCAGCAGGCCGAGGCUGUGCGCUACACCGCCGACGCUGCUCGCCACAUCAAAGAGAUGACGGAGCUGGCGCGGUCCCAGAUUGCCGGGGCGCUGAGUGUGCCGGCCCCUCCUGUCACUGCGCUGUUUGACCAGCAGAGGCAGCACCACCACAGCUUCAUGAAGCAGCUGCAGUCCUGCGCUGAUACUGACAGCAGGAAGAGUGAAGGAUCAGUGAGGACAGAAGAGCCCCUCUCAUCGCUCAGCAGCCCGACAGAGUCUUCCCCCUCCCAGAGACCUGCCCACAGCGGCAGCACCAGCCCCCAUACCAGAUCCUCAGAGCGCCACGAGAGCAGCGUCCCGGCCAGGAAGGGCAAGAGCAGCAGUUCGGUGGAGGAGGAGGCCCACACCGCAGCGGACGACUCUCUGCGCAGCUGCAGCGUCCAAUCUCUGCCGGAUGAGAAGGACAACACCUCGGUCGCCACGGAGUACUCGCUGAAGUUCGACGAGUCGAUGACGGAGGACGAGAUCGAGGAGCGUUCCUUCCGCUCGCUGCUCCCCUCCGAGUCGCACCGGCGCUCCACGCUCAAGGGCAGCUCCCACGAGGAGUCCGAGGAGGAGCGCGCGCGGGAGAGGUCCAGCGCGCUCGACGCUGCCAAGCCGCCGGACGGCAGCAUGCCCUUCUCCAGCGGGCAGCACAGCUUCUCCCGGUUCACCAUGGACAUGGUGCGGCAGUACAUGAAGGAGGAGGAGGUGCGGGCGCAGCACCAGAGCUCCCUGCUGCGGCUGCGCGAGAAGGCCCUCAAGGAGAAGACCAAGGCCGAGCUGGCCUGGCUGGAGCACCAGAAGAGGCGUUUGCGGGACAAGGGCGAGGACGACAAGAUGCCCCCCAUUCGGAAGAGGCAGCGAGGCCUGCUGCUGAGGCUGCAGCAGGAGCAGGCGGAGAUCAAGCGCCUGCAGGAGGCCAACAAGGCGGCGCGCAAGGAGAGGCAGCUCCUCCUCAAACAGCAGGAGGAGAUCGAGAGGAUGCGCCACACCACCCUCAAACUGAAGGAGCGCCUCAAGAGUGCCGGGGAGAACAACCCGGACACGUCCGUCUCCGAGCCUGCGGAAGGCCCCGCCCCGCCCAGCCCCGCCCCGACGGACCCGGACACGCCCAGCCCCUCCCCCGUCUCCGCGUCGGGCAGCGAGACCAGCAGCAUCAUGGAGAAGCUGAAGAAGAUGCGCUCGCACACGGACGAAAAACACUGCUCUCCUGUCCAUUACUUCUUCUCUGUCUUUUCGGCUCAGCACUGGGCCUCUCUCAGUGUCUGUUUCCCCAACCUCCAUCCCAAAUUCCAGCUGUUUAUCUACAACCAGUUGGUCAGGUUCCUGACGAAGCGCGAGCAGCAGCUGAUGCAGCGGCGGCGCCACGCGGAGGAGCUGCUGGAGUGGAAGCAGCGGCUGGACGCCGAGGAGGCCGAGGUGCGGCGCAUGGAGAAGCAGGCCCUGGCCGCCUGGGACCGGGAGCGGCCCCGGGACAAGGGCCCCCGCGGCGAGAGCUCCGACAGGGCCGACAGAGAGCCAGAGAGCAGGGCUGAGGACUCCCCAGCGGUCACUGUCUCCAGCCCCCAGCCUGAGCUGUCUGUACCUGAGGAACUGGACAGCCCCUCUACAGACCAGCCCAUCUCUGAGCUGCCCUCCCCCAGCAAGGACAGCCCGCCAGGGGACACCAUCUACACACAGGAGUUUGACUCCUCCUCAGAAGGCAAACUGUCUCCUUCACCCAAGGCCAGUCUCAGCGCCUCCAGGCACCCAGAGAGCAGCAGGGGAGGCGGCGGCAAGAUGCAGCUCCGCUCGUCCUCCAGGUCCAGCGAGCCCUCGCCCAGCGAGCUCCGCUCGGUCUCUCAGUCCGAGCCCACGUCCGAUCAGAGCGACAUCGAGGGCCGCAUCCACGCCCUGAAGGAGGAGCUGCGCAAGCGCAAGUCGGUGGUGUACCAGCUGAAGAAGGAGCAGAGGAAGCGCCAGAAGGAGCGCCUGAAAGCGCAGGAGGCCAGCUUGCUGAAGCAGCUGGAGUCCUAUAAUGACUUCAUUCAGAAGACCAAGGCUGAGCUGAGUAAAGAACCACAGACCGCACCCAUGACUAAACCCCAGAUUAAAACGCCAAGUUCAGCCUCAGAAAAGCCCAGGAUCAAACCACCUCCUCUUCAAAGGCCGGAAACAAGCAAAAACUGGAAGGUUGCUACUGAAACAGAGAAAGGAGAGAAAAAAGUCCAGCCAGAGUCUCCUACUGACCGUGAUGAUGUCACACCGUCAGGACACAGCAAGUUCUCCUCUUUGUGUGAAGAGGGGUCUUCUGAUGAGGAUCCACCCACAGUCACGCCAACCCCAGUACAAGGGAGCCCGGAGCAUAUAAAUGGGCUGAAGAGCCUGCUGUCACCAGAAUCCCUGCCUGGCUGCCGCUUUGAGGACCUCCAGGCUCAGGACGGGCCUGCUAUGCCACAUGCGGGGGACUCUGGAGACGAGAGCGUCAUCUCCAGCCAAAGAUCAGAGGUGAUGGAGGAGCUGGAGUUCCUGAAAUCAGAGGAAUCUGAUAACGACAGUACCCACCUGCGCUCCGAUUCGGCGCUCAAGCUGGUCCUGGAGCUGCAGCCGGUGUCCCUGGAACAGGGCUCGCUGAAGGACAGUCCAUCCGUGGAAAAGACUGAACCAGGGAUUUCUAGGGAGAACGAUCGUAGUGAGAGUGAAAAACCUCGUGAGGAAGACUUGGUUGAUGCUGGUGAAGACAUAAAAUCUGGCGGAACCCUGAUAAACCAAUCAAAGUCUGUCCUGAAGGACUCCAAAGACAGUCUUCCAUCAUCUGAAAGAAGCUCUUCCAAAAGGGAAGGCUCCUAUACUCCCCAGAUUGACAUCCACUCGUCAGACAGAGAAGCACUGUCAAAGCUGAAGGAGGAUUCUCCUCCUGCUGACAGCUACCAUGAUGAUUUUGAAUCUUCUGUGGAGGUAUCACCUCGGGAGGGGCACCACUCCUCAAAACCUGCCUCCCCUACAGCGCUGCAGACCGGGACGAGGCCCAGUACCAGGUCUUCUCUGUACAGCAGUGAGGAGGAAAUCAGCGAAGUGCUGAAUGAGAAGUCCAGCUCUGGCAGCGGUACCUUCCAUUCUGAGAGGCUUCUGGAUCUCAAAGCUCAGUCCAAACUUGACAAAGACAGAGAGGAAAGUGAAAAGGGCAGGGAAGAGGUCUUUGGUCCUGAAAAGGUGCCCCUGUCUCCCCUUCCCCUGUCGCCACCCACCAUGAACCUCGACAUGAUGCCCGACUUUAGUGUUGGAGACCGUGUUCUUGUGAGCAAUGUGCAGCCAGGGACACUUCAGUUCAAAGGACCGACUAGAUUUGCUAAUGGGUUCUGGGCAGGUGUGGAACUGGACAAGUCCGAGGGUAGCAAUAAUGGCACCUACGAUGGUGUGGUCUACUUUGAAUGUAAAGAAGGGCACGGUAUCUUUGCCCCACCAGAUAAGAUCUCCCGGCUGCCUGAGAAGUUUGAAGUCUAUGCGGACACCACAGAAGAUGAGGACUCCUUGGAUGACCAGUCUGACAAUGAGUCCAAGAAGAAGCUUGCAUUAGAUGAGCAGUUGAAGCAGAGUAAUCUUCAAGACAAGACGGAGGGAAAAUCUGAGAUGGGUAAUAAAUCUGGUGAAAAUAAACCAUCUGAUGUGAGUGAAGUCCUGGGUGAACACCCUUCGAGCCAAGGCCCAUCAGAAAAAGUUGGGUUUUUCGAAUCAGCUGUCCAAGUUGAACUGAAUGACCUUGAGUCCAAAUCCAGCGAAAAAAUAAAUGGUGACAAGCACCCAGCUCCUAAUGGAAAGAGCCGGAACAUCAUCUUGGAGUUUGAAGAUGCAUCAACUGGUGACUAUGGUCUCCUCAUUACCGAGGUGGGCAAAGUGGCUACAGAAAAGCAGUCACUGGAGAAGUCCUCCACCCCUCUACUGGACCUGUUGGCCAGAGAGAAGGCCAACCUGGAGCCCCAGCAGAAGGCCUCGCUCUCUGAUCUCUCCUCUGAGGACCAAGCCAUUGAGAAGUCUGAUGCAGAAAAGAUGAGUGACAAAGGAACUGUUACAGCUAUUGCAGAUAAACUUAUCAAUGGCUUUGUGCAGGACGCUGUCAAGCAGUUUCAGCAGAUCAAAAAAGCCCGCAAUGAAAAGAUUCUAGCUUCCAAUCAGAGCAAAGAAAAUGAGGUCAAUGAAGAAGACUGGCUUGGAGGGAAGGUUUAUGCCCAGUAUUUGCCCUUCCACACAACACAGAAGGACAACCUUCCCAACUUCCUGGAAGAUGGGCAAGAAGAGGUUUCUUCUCCGGAGCUUUGUAACCGUCCGGAAAGCCCUGUGCUGGGGGCGAGCGGUCAGGAGGAGCUGGCCAAGCGUCUGGCAGAGCUGGAGCUCAGCCGGGAGCUGCUGGACGUGCUCGGGGACGAGCAGGAUUGGUUCGACGAGGACUACGGCCUCAGCUCACGGAAGGAGCAGCAGAAGCAGAGGGCCCAGCAGCAGCAGAAGGAGGGGGCGUCCACCCCCGUUCCCAUCGGGGGAGGGGAGCAGGUCAAGAGCCCGGUAAGGCCUGCGCCCCCCCAACAGGCGAAGCCCGCAGAAAAGCCGGUCAUGGUGGUGCCACACACUGCCCCCGAAGUGGAGAGGCUGGUGCAUGCUGCCACACAGGAGAUCUGGAAAAGCUGCAACCUGGCCCAAGGGCUACAGACACUUGCAGGAGUCCCCACCCCUCUGGCCUCCGAUGCUUAUUUGGGCAGCGAUGCUCGGGGUGAGGACCAGGAGACCCUCAGCAAGCGUAGUUACAAAAAGGCUGUGUUUGACCUGACGUGGGAGAUCGUCCAGGAAGUCUUCUCGGAGGACCCUAAUGCCCAUCAGCCCCAGUGGAUGAAGCCUCGGCGGGUUACCUCUUCCUGUUUACGCAGAGUUCAAAGCCCUGAGGACAUCUCAAAGAUCCAGGCCUUCAUCACCACGGAGGUGUUAAAGCUCUACGGCCUAAAGAAAGACCAGAACCAGAAAACAGACUGGCAGAAGAUGCUGAAGUUUGGAAGAAAGAAGCGAGACCGAGUGGAUCAUAUUCUGGUUCAGGAGCUGCACGAGGAAGAGUCUCAAUGGGUCAACUAUGAUGAAGAUGAGCUCUUUGUGAAGAUGCAGUUGGCUGAUGGAAUCUUUGAUGCUUUGGUGAAGGAUACUGUUGACAUCUUGACAAAACUUCAGGAGAAGAGAACAAAAAGAGCCCUUUCCUAAAUUUCUGUCCCAAAUAUCUCAUCGCCUCAUCCCAGGAACUUCCACACCCAACGUGCCAAUACUCUUUAAAUGCCUUUCACUUAAAUGUCUGUCAAAUUUAUUUAGUUUUGUUUAGUCUUCUCUUCUUACAAAACUUAGUUAAUUUGUAUUAACUCAAGUGCUUCACCAAGGAUCCUAAAAUCCAGCCUUUUAUCAGUAUGCUUUAACAUUUAUUUCAGUGUAAAAAAAACAGCCUGCUUUUCUUAACUCCCAAUGCCUACGCCUACAUCCUUUCACAUGUCUGUGGUUGAUGCGGAGUUGGAAUGAGCAAUGGACUUGUUUAGCUUACCUCAGUGCUGCUAAGUGGACCUCUUGAUUGUAUUGGGAAGUGCUUCACUGCAUUUUCUCCAAGAGGUGUGGAGAGGCCUGGCACCAAAUAGUGAGAUUGGAAUCUCCCAACAAACAAAAACAUUUGACUGAUGAAAUGUAAUUAUAUUGCAUUAAAUACAAGGUUAGAGGGCAAAAAAAUGCCAGGGAAAAUAUAUGUCCGAUUUAUUUUGGAGAGAAAGAUUUGUUUGAAUUUGUGCUUCCAAAAAAAGCAAUAUUCAGGAUAAUCCCUGCUGGGGUAGAAAGCAGGAUAAAGGAUUGUGUGCUCUUUCUGAGUCAACAAACAUAUUGACCAAGCACAAAAGAAAAAUGUGAAAAAUUAUUCUAAAGGGAUUUUUGUAAUUCCCAGUUACUGUCGGGAAAGAGUUGGAAGAGAAAAUGCAUACUUUUUAAAUGUUAAUUUUAUAGAUUAAAUGUAUCUUUGAAUAUUUUAAUUCAUUUUUUUCUGAUCAGUUUAUGCAAAUGUCACAAAAACGCAACUGCUCAGUGUUAAACCAGUUAUUUUAAAUGCACAAGAGUACUGUCAUGUUAGCCUCAAACCUUUAGAUUUGCCCUUUACUUGAUUCUGUUUAAGUGCCUCAUUGGUUAUAGGUUACUGGAAGAUGUUAGAUUUAAGACCAACGGCUCAUUUUCCUGGCCUUGAUUAAUUCUCAUUGUUCUACUGGUCUUAUGGGCUUUGACUGCAUGUGACCCUGGUUUCACUCUGACUGUGGUAUUCUUCAGAGGGGAGUUUUACUCAGUCCCAUGUUUGCUAGGCUUUUUUUUACUCAUUUCCAAACUUGUUUAGCAUUAAGUUCAUGCCAACUGAUUCAAAAAAAUAAUUUUUGAAGUUUGUCAGGCGUCUCCUCUACAGUGGUCACUAAAGAGUUGUUUGGAAGAUAAAGGAGGUGAUUUAAAAGCUACCUAAGUUUUAAAAGAGAAAAAAAUGAGGAAAUUUUGAUAAAGAAAGCCUCCGUGUACACAUUGUAUUCUCAGUCACGCAGUGAUGUGACACUUGACCUCAUAUUUGUUAGUGUAUCCUCCCAGGUAACUAGUUACUCAAGGGCUUGUUUACUACUGCCUCCUUGAAUUACAUGAUUGGCUAAUAGGUCCUAGUUUUUACCUGUAGUCUGAUUAAUGUGCUCUAACUGCAUUGUACGUUUAUCCACUGUGCUGAACGGCGAAUGACUCAUUCUUCAGUUAAGUGUUCUGGUCCUAAAACGAUAAGUGUCCUUAACUGUGAGCGAGGAAACUCUGGGGUUUUGCCUGCAGCACGUCUCAUUGCCCUCCUGUUCAGAUUCUGGGGCCAGCUUUACAACAUGAUGGCUCUCCAAAGGGAGUGGGCCAUUUGCCAUGUGCAUGAAACAGCAGGACACUGUAUCAUGGAUAUUGGCUUUUUUUUUUUUCCCUUCAAGACCUAUGUGAAGGUUCACAACUUUUAGGACACUCCCCUUUUCCUCUCCCCAUUGAAAUACUGAGCAGGUGGUAGUGAGCACCACCCAUGUUACUACUUUGAGUUUUAAAACGGUUGCGAACAAAGGUUUCCUUUGACCUUCCCUCUAGAAACUACUUUAUUCUCCAGAGUGGUUGAGGAUGGGGAGAUGUCAAAUCCUGUUCUGCUUAACUAUGCAUUAUUGAUGGGUCUGACGGUUUUAUAUGUGAACUCUGAACAUUGAUGGGAUAAAGGCAGCCUUCCACCUACUCAUUUGCAGUAGGGUGGUCCUAUUGCUCCUUGUGUUGAACAACUAACGGACAACAUUUACGGGCAGAAAACAUGUCAAGUCUUCUGCUCCCUGGAUAUAGACUAUUGAGUUAUAAGCCUCUGUUAUUGCAGAGUGGCAGACUACAGCCAUUUGGAAAUGUGGCUGCAUGCUAAAUCUGAGGGGGAAAAAGUUGUGAUAUUGUAAUUCUUGAAAUAGAUUGCGAUGUUAGGCACAAAUGGUUUGAUAAUAAUUUUUUAAUGUAAAUUGGAGUAAUGAAAUUCAGAAGGGUAUGACUAUUUAUAAUGAUGACAAUAAUGUACUGUGAGCAACAAGGGUGCACUUGAAGACUUGUAAAUUGACAUGGGUGUAAAUAUACGAGAGUUUUGUCUCUUAUCCGACUAACAAUGAACCUGUAAGAUUUGUCAGAUAACCCUGGUUCUCUUUGUGUAUGCAAAUAUGUAUAUAGUAUACAUAUAUAUAUUUGUUAACUAAAUUGAACUUUGAAAUUGUAAAUAAAGGUUUCAUUUCUAAAUCUAAA